GGUAAACAAUUUGAAAUCGGAAGAGGAAGUAAAUUUCUGGCUACUUAGUUCGAUCAAUACUGAUAUAUUCCAUUUAAUUGGCUUUUAAAAUGUAAUAAAACACGGUCAUAGAAUGAGCGGCAAUGAAGAAGGUGAUGGAGAGUACAAAGAUGGCCCGAAAGAUACAAUUGAAGUUCGGGGACCAGAGAAUCUAAUAAACCGAUAUAAGUUAGACCUUUUGCAGCUUUACUUUGAGAGUCAAAAGGAUUUGAAUGGCAGUAUUACAGACAUUUCAUUUGAUGCUGCUAAUGCAGUUGUUGUAAUAAAGUUUGACUCCGAACAAGCGGCCCAAAGGAUAACUGAAUGCCCGAGCCAUGUUUUAAAAGGAGAGAGUCUUAAAAUAAAACUACGUCAAAACCCAAACUUUCGUGCAAGAUCGGCACAAACCACACAUGCAGGGUCAAUAGUUCGUGUAAGCGGACUGAAAAGAAUUGAAGCAAAGGAAAUAGUAGAGUAUUACUUCGAAAACAAAAGACGGUCGGGUGGAGGACCAAUUACAUCUUUUGUUCCUGUAGAAUCAGAUGAUGAUACAUACGAAAUAACGUUUGAAAACACAAAAGAUGCAACGUCAGUUGUACAAAGGCCUCAUAUUAUAAACGGAUUAUCAGUUGAUGUAGCACUACUUCAUAACGAUAGAGAAACUGAAUACUACAAAGACAGGUUUCUUAUCAAAGGAUUACCGAAAAACACGUCUGACGAAUACCUUUUGUGCUUCAUUAAAGCAGUAACAGGAAUGAAACCAAAGUUUCUCGCAUUUCAUAAAAAGGAAAAAGAUGUUGUUCUCGUCAUUAUGAGAUGCGAUCUUGAUGUUGCACAGUUUAUUGAACACUGCAAAGAAGAAACACUUGAGGGUGUAAAAAUCCAAAUAUAUGAGGUAGAAGUGUCAAAUGUCAUUCAUGUCAGUAACCUACCUGAAAAUAUUCACAGUGAUACAAUACUUCUCUACUUUGAAAACAAAAGAAAAAGCAAGGGGGGCACUGUUAAAAAUGUCAUUCGGUUGGAUACAGCAUCGUGUCUUGUGUACUUUGAGAAUUAUAAAGUGAUUGAGAGUGUGUUAAGUCAUGCCCAUGUUUUACAACGAAGGGAUAUAAUUGUAAGAAAAUAUUUCAAAUGUGUUGCACAAACAGAAGAAGAAACAUUCAGCACAAGUAUCCCACCAGCAGUUGCUAUUCCUGAUUUAGACAUCCGAAUACUUAAAUUUAUUCAACAAAAUGAAGAAUUUAAGCACAUUGUUGAACAAGAAUUACUCAGUCACCACGCUCAAAUUGAUUGGCCAAAGGAAGGAUCCGACAGUUGCGAAGUCAGUAUUAACUGCAUUGUUGAUGAAUCAAAAGUUUUGUCCAAUAGAGUUAUUUUGAGGUGGGAAAUGGAAAUUAGAGAAGUCUUCAAAUCAUUGAUGGACAAGAUUUAUGUCCAUAGUAUAACCUUAAUCGGUGAAUUUAAUUUUGAUGAUUCGUGUGUUGAGUGCACCGCAGGCAAUGAAGAAAACACUCUUGUUCUUUUGGACAGAGGUGAAUGUAGGAUAACUUUCUUGGGAACAUCUCCAAAACUAGCUGCCACCUUAUGUUCUCAGGAUAACUUCUCAGGGGAUGCCGAGGAGGAGUUAAAAGUGGAGAGAGUAUCUCUGACACAUGCAGUUGAAUUUAAAAUGUUGAGGUCAUUGGACUACAGAGACAGGAUAAUUAAGGAAGUCCCAAACAUUUCUAUGAACGAAAACGAAGAGAAUCUAGGUGUUGAUUUUGAAGGGUAUCCUUUAGAUGUUAGGAAUGCCAAACUUUUAAUGCUUGAGAUGAAAAACGAGUACAAUAUUGUUUUCUUAUAUUCCUUAUCAGCAUUAUCGUCAAAGUUGUAUUCAAAUUCGCUUACAGUCGAUUAUGUCAACAAAAGCCUCACGUCUGCUGGAUUGGAUUGCAUAUGGAAAGUAUCUCAACAGACUUUAAUCAUAUGCUGUUUAAAGAAAUAUGAUCUUGAAACAUGCAUACGUGUUAUUAAAGCGUCAGUCAUCGAUGAUGUCAUUCAUCAGCACACUAAUGAAGUAGAUAUUUGUGACAUGAGUCUUUUAGAGACAGAGUUACAUAAAUUAGAGGCACAAUACCUAGGAAAGGUAGCAAUAUCGUUAGAAGGGGACAAUGAGAUAUAUCUCUGUUCAACGAAAGACAUACGGGAUGUGAUUCUAAAAGAGAUUCAAGAGGGCAUGAUGAAACAAUCUCGAUGUCAAGUGAUUGAAAAAUACCAGCUUAUAAGAAAACAAAUCACAUCCUUGAAACGCAUUGAAACAAGAAUGCUUCUAGCAGAUAAGUUUCCUACAGAAAUGGAAAAUCUUUUCCCAGAUCUCAAAGUUAAGAUAAAUCAGAACAAGAAUGAAAUUUGCUUUGAGGGGCCACUAGGUCAGGUACGAGAUGCUGAAAUUAGGAUGUAUGAAUUGAAGGCUAGUUUUGCUGUAGAUCGCUCUUGGAAAAUAUCGGAACUUGCCGAAGGAUUGUUAGUACUUAAGCAGACCAAAGAACAUGUGGUAAAAAAGCUUAAAGCUUCCCGUGUCACAGCUGUUUGGGACACUGUUGAUGGAUGUUUAGAAGUUUACUGCACAUCCCAAGAUCAGAUCCAGCUUUGUGUCAAUGUCAUUCGAGCAUCUGUUAUUGAACAUACUGUAGCUUUGAGAAAAGCUGCCAAAACAGUUGUUAACUCUGACAAAUGGCAAACUAAAGUUGAUGAAUUACAUUUAUACCAUGCAGGAAAAUGUAUGAUCAAAGUUUCUGCCGAUUCAUGUAAAGUUCAAAUUUGUGCAACAGACGACAUAGUGAAUGAGAUUUUGGAUAUUGUUGAAAUUUGUCUACGACAAAACACAGUCGUUGAAGCUAAAGUCCCGUGUACAAGAAAUGUUCAUCGUCUGAUUGAGAGGCAUCACAAAAAUGAAAUUUCCAACAUAGCUAAAGGUUUGACAAAUUAUAAUGUACAGAUAUCUUCAGUUCCAGAAUAUGGGGGUUUCGAAGUUCGUGGGACAGAAGAUGGCUUGCAGCAAGCUUUGCAACAACUGCAUCAACUACUACUGAAGGUAAAACAGAAAGAACAUGUUAUGACUAAACCUGGUUUAAGUAAGCACAUGCAAACACUAAAAGGAAAAGACAACCUUAAUACCAUCGAGAGUAUGCACCAAUGUGUAGUGGCAGUGAAAGGUGAUUAUGACGAGGACGAAAUAACUGACAAUCCGUAUGAUACAGUUCCUAAAGGAAAACCACAAACUUUUUUAAAGAGUCGACCACCACAAAAGUCAACUGUAUCUAUGACAAAAGGAGAAAUUGCAAGACAAAAAGCUUUUGAAAAUGAGACGAAAAGAUGGUCGAGCGGUAGAGGAGGCAGACAAUAUGAUCUGUACCAAGAUUUACAGGGUAGAUUCGACAUGCUAGGUGAUGGGGAGCAAGAUCAGUCAAGCAGAAGACAGAUCAUAGAGAAGCAUGCCAAGAACCAAGAUCUGAAUAAAGUUACAUUCAUCAUUCUUGCGAUGUCUGAGCAUAUCAUUGAUCAAGCUAUAUCAAAGUUGGAAAGUUGUCUCGAUAAGGAAAUAACAUCUAACAGUUUUGAUGAUAGUAUCAUAAUGAAUUUGAAUGAUCAACAGAUUAUGGAAAUAAAAAAUGUUGCAAUGAAACAUCAUCUGGACGUAAAGGUGGAUUCUUCUAAAGGUAUCAUACAAAUAUCAGGAAUUUCUGCAAAUGUUAGUAAAGCUGCGGAUAAUAUACAUAGGAUUUUGCGACACGCUGUAACUGUCGAACAAGAAAAGAAAACAGCGAAGUUGAUGAUUAACCUAGUCCAGUGGAGUUACAUGGAAAAUGAAGACAUUGGACAGACUUUAAAACGAUAUGAUAAAGAGCUGAAUUACAAGAUAGAGUCUGCUUACCUUUCAAAAGCUGAUUGCGUUAAAUUCAGGGCAGAUAAAGUUAACUACGUUCUCGACUUUGCAAAAAUGGAGGAAUAUCCUGAAGAUGACCAAACUGAUACUAUAAUUGUGAUACGGAGGGAUCUCGUGAAACAGGGCGCAUUUGAAGCACCAGCAUUUUGGACAGCUAUGUUUGGGAGAAAUCUAAGAGUUGUAACUUUACAAAAUACAAGUCCAGAGUAUGCUGAUAUUGCACAAAAGUUCACUACUUUUGCCGGUGGCACUUUUACAGUUGUUAAGAUUGAGCGUAUUCAGAACAAGACUUUAUGGUCACAGUACGAGGCAAAGAAAAAACAACUAGCGGAUCAGAAUCCAGCUUAUAUAACAAAUGAGAGCUUGUUAUGGCAUGGUACAGCAGCAGAAACAGUUGAAAAUAUCAAUGCUCAUGGAUUUAACAGGAGUUAUUGUGGCAAAAAUGCGACAACAUAUGGAGAUGGUGUAUAUUUUGCAGUGAAUGCAAAUUAUUCUUGCCAGGCCCGUUGUGCUCCUCCAGACCUAACAGGCAUAAAAAGAUUGUAUUACUGUCGAGUUCUAACAGGGGAAUUUACUCAAGGCAGGUCGGGAAUGCGUCUACCACCAAGCAAAGGUGGACCAGGAAACACUGCUUUGUAUGAUUCAGUUUCUAAUAAUAUAAAUUCACCAGCAAUGUUUAUUGUCUUCCACGAUACACAGGCUUAUCCAGAGUAUCUUAUUUCAUUUAAAUAAUACUUUAAAAUCUCCAACAAACAAUUUAAGUGUGAAAUUGAAAUAGGUUUCGAUCGAACAAUGUAAAAAAUGUCAUAUCUAAACAUCGAAGAGAUGAAUUUGAUGUAAUAUUAUGAAUUACAUGUAUGUUUUCACUAGAAUGUGCUAGAAAUAUAAAAAGGAAGAACACUCUACUGUUUAAUGGUGAGCUUUAUUUAGUGUUUGUAGUAUUUUACAGGGCAAUUUAAAAAAAGAAUUUAAUUUGUAUUAAUUACACUACGAGUUUUGUUUUAUACAAAUUGAAUAUUUUUGAAUGUGUGUCUACAAUCAGAAAGAAAACAGAUUUAGUUAUUAUUUAACGUAUCCUUCGGAAAUAAAACGAAUGUACUUUCAACGUUUAAACCAUGUUAUGUUCCAAUAGAUUAUAGAAAUCAUAAAAAGAAUCAAUCUUAUCAACUUAGCCUCGGUUUCAGUAAUCAAAUGCAUAUUGUACUGCAUCUAUCCUCAAUUUCAUUUUCGUGGUUAACAGAUCAUAUCAAUUUAUAUUGUCCUUGAAGUAACAAAGUUCUGUUUAACUGUUAAAAGAAUAAAAUAAAGUCUUUUUACGUACAUUGUUAAGAACAAUUUUGAUUCUACUGUUGCAAAACCUUAAUAAGACACGGCUAGCACCACUUUUGAUUCUAUCGAACAAGUGGUUGAGGUUUUUGUUGUUUACCGUCCAAAUCAUGGCAGUAAGCCAUUUUGAAUUCACCAGAGCACAUUUCAGCCACUGCAACGUUUCUGGACGGGCUGUCAAGCAGUUGACAAGUAAGUUAGAUGCCUAUCUUUUCGCAAGAAACUGCUAUUACCUUUUUACAUAUCAGAGAGGAGGUCAAGACUGUGCACCGUCCUGGAAUCAAACCCAGGUCGCCAGAUACAUAGUAUAACGUUCUACCAGUUUGUACGUUUUGAACAAGUACCAAGCUGCAAAACCUAGAGUAAACUCGACUAGCGCCUCGUCCAAUUAAAAAGGUUUCAAUCCUGUGUUCUUAUCCAAUAUAAUUUAGUAUCAUACUCAAGAAUAAUUAAAAAAGUCAUUAAAUGUAGCUGGCGCUAAAUUAUAAAUGCAAAUUGUUAAGAUUCAAAUUGUCAUAGAUGUAAUUUUAACUCCUCAUAAUUAUCAAUACAUUAUAAAAUUUCUAAAAACCGGAAUCCUCUGAAAACUGGAUCCCAGGUGAAGUCCGGACAGGGUCCGGUUUUCAGAGUUUUUAAAUUGUACAAUCUAAAUAUGUAAACUGUGUAACUUUGAUGGUAAGCGUUUGGUUUGUAUUGUGUUAAGCAUGUUAUAAUUUGCUUAUUUAAUAAAUUGUUACAUCAGGAUAGGUAUAAAUUGUUACAUCAGGAUAGGUAAACCUGUCAUUCCAAAAAUGGAACAUAGACCUAUUUACACUAGAGUCUUCUCAUCAAACAACACAUCAAGAUGUCCUCAAUUUAAUAUCUCAAUGUUUAUAAUUGGCCCUGCACCAAGCGUUUGUGGGCUGUUUAUUUCCUACAUUGUUAUGUAUAUGUAAUAAAGCCUCCAAACAUUUUUUUUAUUAUUUUAACUAAAGUGCUAGAUCUUUGAUAUUUAACAGGAAACGUCAUCUGGUAAAUGUCUUCCAAGAUUGGUCAAAACAUGGCCCUUACGUCAAAAUUUGCCUUUUCGGGAAUUUUCUAUUGUAUGUAAAAGUAAACCCAUAAAACAUCUUCAAAAGGAACUUAAAUCAAAAUCAAAGGGCUAGAGCUCUUAUCUCUACUCUUUGUUUUUCAAAUUGUUGCCCUGGGGUCAAAAUUGAAAGGUUUUCUAUUAUGCAAUUAUGUUGAGAAAUUUAUUUUACAAGAAACAUAUAUGUAAUCAUGCAAACCUCUACAAAAGUUGUUGAAUCAAUUGUUCAUGAGUCAAAAUAGACCUACCUAGGGGAACCUUGAUUAUUCCUUAUAUCUCCUAUAUAAGAUUAUUGUAUUAAACAUUAAUUUUGGAAUAUUCAGUACUGAUAUUUUGCGUGGUCGUCUGGGUUGUUUUCAUGGGCACAAGCUAUACAUAUAUAUUUGUAUACUGCGAAUAUGUGGACAACAUUUUAAUUAGAGAAUAAAGAUGAUGAAUUAAUUAAAUAACGACUGGUUGAUUUUGUAAUGAAAUACCAGUACUUUUUUGUCAGGCACAAAAAAUUAUUUUAUGUAACUUUAAGAUUAUAAAUAGCAUUAUUUUGCUGUUUUAAACUGGUUUAUGAAUCAUUUCCUUACUUAGUAAUAAUAGAAUAAUUUUUGACAUGUUUACAAAUAUGUAAAACAAUAACAAAUUAUCAUGAGAUAUUAUCUUGUAUUAGGUAUAUCAAUAGUAUGAUCAGAUUAUGUGCACAUUCUGGAUUAUUAUUGUUUGCAUAUUUUGUUCAUUCACAUAUUACAUUUUGUUUAUGUAAUGUAAGAGAUCUUUAUCCUCUUGUGUUGGAAAGAAUCAGAUUAUGUUGUACUUUGACCCGAAACAUUGAUAGCCCUAUAUGACCUUUAUUAGGUUCAAUAGUAUGGUCAGAUAAUGUGUAUAAUCUAGAUUAUUUUUUUCUGGUCUUAUUUUUUCAUUCACAUAUUAUAUCUUGUUUAUGUAAUGUAAGAGAUUUAUAUCCUCUAGUGUUAGAAAGAACCACAUUAUGUUGUACUUUGACCCGAAACUUUGAUAUAUACCAUAUAUUAGUAUAAUAUUACAUUUUUAUAGUUUUAUGUGUGUGUUUUAUUCUUUUCUUCGUGAUAUAAUAUUGUUUAUUAUCAUUUAUCAAUAGCAACAGGAUUGUUUUAGUUUGUUUUGUUCCUUUUUAAGUUGUCAAUUUGUAUUAACUUGACAUACGUGUUUAGCAUAUUAUUAUUUUAACAAAUAUGUUUUAUGAUUAUUCUUAUCAUCAUCAUCAUCAUUAUAAUUACUAUUUUAUUUUUUUAUUAUGCCCUCUUUAAAGGGAAAUUGUGUAUACAAUUUGUUUUCGACCGCUCAAUAGAUAGAUAACCAAAGCAAUUUGCCAUAGCAAAAUACAGAAAAUGCAUGGAAAGGUCUUAUUUACCAUGGCAAAUUCUUACAUUUCAUUUAUUUUUCCCAAAAAAGAAAGACAUUCAAUAAUAUAACAAUUUAAAAAAGCACUUAACGAAUAUGGGUUAAAUUUGCCAAAACCUUGCAUGGCAAAGAGAAACGGGUAGCUAUUUAAGUCAAAGGUAAAAGUUACUGUUUCACCGUCCUGUUAAAUCCCUGUGUACCAUUUGACACAGACUCUAGUACUAUACAUUAUAGAAGAAUUUCUUGUGUUCUCUAAUUGAUUUUAGUCAAAGAUCGAUGUCAGUGACCUUGCUUUUGACAAGUUUUUCAUAGUAAAUGGAAAGUCGUUAGACACAAAACCUUAAAAAUUGACGAGGAUAGUAUUUUGGACUCUUUUUAGGAACUUUGUACUUGAAUUUUGAACUCAUUUCUGGCAAAUAACAUAUAACUUGAAAAUAUAUCUUUUUAACAUGUAGUCUUGAAACUAAUUUUUAUGAACUCUAAUUGCAUUUUCUUUACACUCGAUAGCGUUCUUUAAUUAUUUCUGUUUAUGACGGUAACUUGUCACUGCACAAGAGGUAAUGCAUAUAUGUUAUUCUGACAUCAUAUUCUGAUCACUUGUAUGUUGUUUUUGUUAUUGUGCUUAGUACAUAAAUUAUAUUUUAUUAUCUUAUAUUAAAUAUCUCUCAUCAACCAA